AUGCCAGCCGUUCAGAAAUUAGUGCAUUUCUUGUCAAGCGCGUUUUUAAGCGCAGCUGGUGUGGCUAUACUGGGCUAUGGGAUGUCUACAGACUGGGCCAAAUCCACCCUGGACUGCUCUGCAACUACUUCGGAUAUUUUCAAUGGGUCCUCGGCACUUGAAAUUGGACUUUUCAAUGGCACUGAGGUCAAAAUCUCCUGCCCCAGGUUUGAUACACUUGGAAUACCUGUUGAAGUGUUUAAGCGUCUGGCAAAAAUGGGUGGUGCUCCAAUAGCAUUGCAUGGUCUAGUGGUAGCGCUGUUGGCUUUUGCUCUUUUGGGGUCUGCAGGCAGUAUUCUGGUCACACUCUACAACAGCUUCAGUAAUCCAUAUGAGACAUAUAUGGGACCAAUAGGGCUGUACACAUGCAGUGGAUUCAGUGCAUGUGCGGCAUUCCUGGCACUGAUUCUCUAUGUGUUGAACGUCUUCGCGGUUCAGAUGUUUCAAAAGCUGGUGUUAGCCGACAAUGACCAAGUGAAGUUGAGCCAUAACAAGACAGAACUUCAGGUCGGGUUCUUUCUUCUGAUACCGUACAUCGCCACUAAACUGCUCGCAAUCCUGGUUGUCUAUCUUUACGCCCACGCUGCGUUUACACGGCGCAAACAGCAGGAUAAACCCACAGAAGAUGCGCCCAAAGACAUCAUGCUGUUCUAA